AUGGCUGCACAAGUAAUGACCGUUUCCGAUAGCAAGGACCUGAGAGGUCUAGAGCAGCUCGUGUCGGCGCAUUCUCAUAUUCGCGGCCUCGGCGUUGAUGCCGCUACUCUCGAGCCGAGAGCGGCGUCGCAGGGGCUCGUCGGUCAGGAGAAGGCGAGGAGGUCAAUGGCUGUUGUUCUUCAGAUGGUGAAACAGGGAUCUAUUGCUGGUCGCGCUGUGCUUCUGGCCGGCCCUCCCAGCACAGGAAAGACUGCCCUUGCCAUGGGUCUGGCCCAAGCCCUCGGCUCCGAUGUCCCGUUCACCAGCCUUGCCUCCUCCGAAAUCUUCUCGCUCGAAAUGUCCAAGACCGAAGCCCUUACACAAGCCUUCCGCAAGUCGAUUGGUGUCCGAAUCAAGGAAGAGACGGAAAUCAUGGAGGGUGAGGUCGUCGAGAUUCAAAUCGACCGAUCCGUCACGGGCGGUGCCAAGCAGGGCAAGCUCACGAUCAAGACUACCGACAUGGAGGCUGUCUAUGAUAUGGGCACCAAGAUGAUUGAUGCGAUGACCAAGGAGCGAGUCGUUGCCGGUGACAUCAUCUCCAUCGAGAAGGCGUCGGGUAGGAUUGUCAAGCUCGGCAGGUCGUAUGCUCGUUCGCGAGAGUAUGACGCCAUGGGAGCCGAUACCAAGUUUAUGCAAUGCCCUGACGGUGAGCUUCAGAGGCGCAAGGAGGUAGUUCACACCGUUACGCUGCACGAGAUUGAUGUUAUCAACUCUCGUACCCAGGGAUACCUUGCUCUCUUCUCCGGUGAUACUGGCGAGAUUCGCAGUGAGAUCCGAGAUCAGAUCAACACCAAGGUUGGUGAAUGGAAGGAGGAAGGCAAGGCUGAGAUUGUGCCUGGCGUUUUGUUCAUCGAUGAGGUUCACAUGCUCGACAUCGAGUGCUUCUCCUACAUAAACAGGGCUCUCGAGGAUGACCUCGCGCCUGUCGUCAUCAUGGCGACCAACAGAGGGUCUUCGCGCAUCCGAGGAACCGACUACAAGAGUCCCCACGGCCUUCCCCUCGACUUCCUCGACAGGACCCAAAUCAUCCAAACCCACCCUUACUCUGGCGACGAGAUCAAGCAAAUCAUCGCCAUCCGCGCCCAGGAGGAAGAGGUCGACCUCUCCCCGGACGCCCUCGCCCUCCUGGCCAAGAUGGGCCAGGAAACGGGCCUCCGCUACGCCAUUAACCUUAUCAUGACCUCGCAACUUAUCAGCAACAAGCGCAAGUCUAAGCAGGUCCAGGUCAACGACGUACGGCGGAGCUUCGAGCUCUUCUACGACUCGGCGCGCAGCGUCGAAUUCGUCGCCAAGUCGGAGAAGCGACUCAUCGGAGACGACGGCGCCGUUGACUUUUCUGCCGGGUUAGCUAACGGCGCGACGGGCGCCGAGAAGAUGGAUCUGAGCUAA